CCCCUCUAAUAGUGAGAGUCCAAGCUCUAUCAACCCUACGAGGCCUUCACCCACACAGAAUCGUACUUGACUCACAACAAUGGCCCACCUUACACGCCAGGAAGCCUUGGACUCUGGCACCGUCUCGCCAACAUACAAAACAGCAUUCGAAGCACAACCAGUGGAUAUAGGCGGAACCGAUAUCUUAGGUUGGCGGGCUUCUCGUGCUGAGCAUCUUCAAAGACUUCGCCAUCUAUAUCCAAUCCCCGGACCUAUCCCGGACUUGGUCACUGAGACGUUGCACAAUGUGCCGACAAGAGAUGGUGCGAGCAUCAGAGUCAAGGUGUAUCAGCCCAUUGCAGGGCCGCCAGAAAGCAAGAGCAGUCCGUUGAUCAUGAUGUACCAUGAGGGAGCGUGGAUGAUGGGAGAUUUGACGGAUGAGGAACUGAAUUGUAGGAUGUUUAGUAGGGAUCUAGGGGCGGUGUGCGUGAAUGUUGAGUACCGCCUCGCACCAGAGCACCCCUUUCCCAUCGGCGUGAACGACUGCUACGACGCCCUCCUAUGGGCAAUCUCCAACGCCUCAACCCUCAAAGCAGACCCCAAACGCGGACUCAUCGUCGGCGGCGCAUCAGCAGGCGGAAACAUCGCCGCCGUCCUUGCACUGCUAUCCCGUGACAACAACCUCGAUCCUCCCAUCACCGGCCAGUACCUGUGCGUCCCAGCUCUCCUACCAGACACCAAUGUCCCGCCCCAUCUUGCACACCUCUACGAAUCACGACUGAAGAAUAUCUAUGACCCUGUGCUCAAAGGCGGUCUGCAACCUGGUGGUGUCGAGGCGAUCUAUGCUCCUGAGACAAAGUCGCCCCUUUGGGACCCGUAUGGCCAUCCUUGUGGGCAUAAGGGCGUCGCGAAGGCGUUCUUCCAGGUUGGUGGGUUGGAUCCGUUGAGGGAUGAGGCGGUGUUGUAUGAUCGGAAGUUGAGGGACGAUGGGGUGUUGACGAGGUUUGAGUUGUAUAGCGGAUAUGGACAUAUGUUCUGGACCAACUAUCCGCGGUUGGAGGAGAGUACGAAGUUUGUGGAGGAUACGUUGAGGGGUGUGAGAUGGUUGCUGGAGAAGCAAUGAUAAUACGCUCGGACUUCAACGUUGGAGGUCAUGACCUUGAUAUUCACGAGGACAGAUACAUUACGUUAUGACGAAAGCAGUAUCAACGUAUGGUGUUGCAAGAAAUUCGCCAAACAUGACGCCGUCUACCCACACUGCAUCAACCAGCUUGUACGAGCCGUUGUUUAUGGGCGCAACAUUAGUGGUAUGCUGCAUGAGGACAGGAUGCAAAGAACGUCUCCACUCUGUAUGUGGCCUGAUCCAGAUCUUUCGUACUUUGUGUCUAUGUAGAAUGAAUGGGUUCUUCCCCCGUGGGUUACAAGGCUUCCUGCCGUGGCUGUAACGACACCAAUGAUCAUGCCAGCAUACGGUGAUACUCCCAGCUUCAACAUCGUGGCAAAUGACAUCCAUGGACCGGUCGGAGGAUUCGGACAUGGUAUACAAGUAAUGGUGCAACAGGUAAUGGUUCUGGUCUCGAU